GGCUUAUUUCUGGUCACACAGCAAGCCAAUACGAAAAUUCUUUUUGCAGCUAAAUUCAUGCGAAAAACCCAUCAAUUGUGUUGCAAGUAGACAAAAUCAUAGAGGCCAAUUGUCUCAGUUGGUUAAAGUGCUCGAUAGCAGAGUGUGCGCAGUUAAAUUUAGCCGCGAGCGGCUAAAUCAAGUGUCGGCCUUUCUGCGCCCGUCCCCUGUGCCCUUUGAGGAGGCAUCGCCUCAACUUUAAAUGGUGUAAAGCGAAAGAGGCGGCGCUGCAAAGAUGAACUUCGAGUACAUUGCCCAUGCCCUGGGCUACCACGGGCAGCCGCUGCAGAAGAUCUGGGACGAUGAGCGGGGCGUGGACGACCUGCGGCUGAUGGGCCUCACGCAGGUGAACUUCGGGGUCUACCAGGAGCGCCAGAAGUACUUCACCUUCCAGGAGCGGGCCAAGCGGCUGAAGAUGCACCAGUUUCUGGCGCGGAAGGCCACCGACCUGUACGAUCGCACUAUGGUGGCCAAUGUUAUGGAGGAUUCCGUGCUGGCACAAGCCAACACCCACAUGGCCCAGAUGCCGCCCCUCGAGUUCUAUCUCAAUGUAAAGGACAAGCGCAAAGGGUGGGCCCACCGCCUGGCUGCCCUGAAACAGGGCGACAUCAUCUACACCCAGGUGACCAGGCUGCUCAAUGGCAACCGGCUUUUGGUGAAGCCUCUCUGCUCCGCCGAACCCAAGCACGCCUACCUAGCUGACAUACCUAUUAAGGCCAUGAUCCUGCAGGACUACUGGGGUCCCUUGCCCCUGGACAAGCAGGGAAACCCGCGUACCUUUGCCCAAAAUGACAUCCUGCGCUGCGAGAUCAACAGCAUAUCCGCGGACACCGAGCGGCUUAGCCUCAACAUGAUCGGCAUGUACAACCAACCGCCGGAAUUGAAGUUUGGUCUGUGCGACCUCAAUGAGUUGCCCAAGUAUUAUCGUAAAAUCCAUAACCUGGAGCAUCCCUCUGCCACGCACUAUGAGGACGAUCUAAACGCAGCCUUGGAGUUUGAAAAUCCAAACUAUGAUUUGCUGUUCCAGAUAAACGGCUUGCAGCCCAAUGAGAAUUUUUCACUGAUGAGCCAUCUGAAGGCGGGAUUUCCGGAAGCGGAAAACGCCGCUGAGCUGCGACAGAAGCAGGCCUCCCAAUGGGCCUUCCGCUCCGUGGCUGAUGGCAUCGAGCACUUUAAGAACGGCCAGCAGGUCGAAGCUUUUCAGUGCCUGAACAAGGCUCUGAACAUUGAUCCGCGCAAUGUUGAGGGUCUGGUGGCCCGCGGUGCCCUCUACGCGAACCGCGGCAGCUUCCUAAAGGGACUGCAGGACUUUGAAAAGGCUCUGCACUUGAACAAGUAUCAUGUGAACGCGCGCAAGUACAUGGGCGAAACGCUAGUGGCCCUGGGUCGUAGCUAUGAGGAGGAGAACCGCAUACCCGAGGCGGUCAAGGCGUACAGUGACUGCUUGAACCUGCUGCCGCAGCACGAGGAGGCACGCCAGUCGCUGGACGCACUGCAGCGGAGUGGAGACGGUAAGCAUAGAGUGAGCGCCGACGGGAACAACCCGGCCGGUGGCGCCUCCUCGGACGAGUCCACCUCAUCGAGUGGCAGUGAUAGUGAAAGCGAUGAUAAGGCUGGAAAGGUCAAGCCCAACAUCAGUCAGCCAUUCUAUGCGCAACAAACGGCGGGUGAGGAAAAGUUGGCCGUCAUCGAUGCCAAAAAAGCCAAUGAGUUCCGGCUGGACGAUGAUGAAACCGUGACCAGUGUGAGAAAGCUGCUGCGGGAGGCUAGCAAGCAUAAGAAGGCCAAGAAGAAGGGAAAGAAAAAAAAGGACAAGAAGGAGAAGAGGAGGUCCAGGACCAAGUCCGAGCUAGGGGAUCCCUUGGAGUUGCUCAAGAAGAUAGACUUUCAGGAGGCCAUCAGGCUGAUGAACACCACCAGCAGUGAGGCGGAACUUAAAGCCAAGAUCAAAAACUAUCUAAAAGAUGCAAGUGGAGGAGGAGACUCACCGCCUCCCCCACCGCCGAUGAAAAAAAUAACAGCUCCAGGCAAAAAACCGAGCUAUGAUGCCAUGGGACCCAGCACAUCGCGUCAUGCGGCCGCCGCAUUUGGAGGCGACCAUCCACCGCCAGCGCCCAAGUAUCAGGAGCAAAAGAAGCCACCGGAGCCGGCACCCAAGCUCUCUUUUCAGAUCAAAAAACGACCGCUGCAGAUGGACAAGCUGGGCAUGCUGCGUCUGGCGGCGCCAGCGGAACCACUCAGGAGCGGAAGGAGCAGCAGCUCUCGCAGUCGCAGCCGGAGUCGGAGUCGCUCGCGUAGUCGCUCACGCCAUCGUCGUCGCGGAAGGAACUCGCGCUCGCGUCAGCGGAGCCGUCGUCGUGGCUCGCGAUCUGACUCCAGAUCCAGGUCUAGAAGCAGGUCGCGGUCCCGCCGGCGUCGCAGCUACUCGCGUUCUCGCAGUCCCUCGCCACGGCGCUACGGGAAUCGCUUUGUGGUAGGACGCUAUCGGUACCGCCGAGAUCGCCGCUCGCGAUCCUUCCAUCGUCGCAGGACUCCAUCGCCCUUCGUGCCCAGGCGCUCGCCCUCACCCUUCGUCAACCGCCGCACGCCCUCGCCAUUUGUGCCACGUCGCACACCAUCGCCGGCGUCCCGCUAUCGACGCACACGCUCCCGGAGUCGCUCCCGUUCACGCAGCCUGAGCCCGCGCCAUCACUCGCGCUACCCACCGUGGGGUAGGGGCCGUGGUCGUGGCGCCAUCAAUCGCAGCAAGUACUCCUGGUACAAUCACGACACACGCAGUGUUUCCCGCGCCGUGGAGCCCAACGGCAAGGAUGAGCGGAAUUCCAAAGCAGCUUCGCCGGAGAAAGAUGGUGGAAAUGACAAGGAGGUUGCCAAACCGGUGACCGAUGCUGAGCCCGCCGUCGAGCAGGUGGAGAAAAUGAUCAAGGAGGCGCAGAAGGAGCGCAAACAGGAGCUCGUCGAGGCCGCCAAGGAAGUCAAGGAGUAGGGUGCUCGAAGCUCACACGUACUACGAGUGUUACGUUUCCUCUUAGCUCAUAAAAUACAUUUGAAUUUGAUAUACAAGUUUGUAAUACGCUCCCCUGGGAAGAGUUCUCUGAUCACUAAAUAAAGAAGCUUACAAAGCUGAAUUCGGCGUGACUUGCAUGCAAAAAUCAACAAA